AGAGCCGCUCGCUCGUCGUGGUAUCAUUCUGGCGUUUAGGUUACCGUGGUAGCUUGAUUUUGUUCCGGGAUAUAGAAUUACAAGAAUGUCUUGAUAAAUCACUUGUCCCAGCCAUAGGUCACCGAGCAUGGAUGGAUCCAAGAGCUCAACCAGAAUGAUAUUAUUAUAUUGGAUCGGAGCUCCAGGAGGCCUGCUCGUCCGUCUGUCUGUCAAACCUCCCCCAGAAAUCGCCUCCCCCUGUCCCGUCUUGUCAAUCUAGGGAGCCCAAGCCCCUAAAAGAAAAAAGCUUCUAGCGGACGCAGUGGACCUUUUCCAAAUGCCCACCCACCCGACCUCAUCAUCGUCAGUCCCUUCCCCUAGCCUUGGGAUCCAGCUAGUGCCGCCAAUCCCGGAUCACGGCGUCGUCUCCCACUGGCCACGUUGUAAGCUGGCGCUCCCCCUGGGCUUGAAAUGUUUCCCCUUGGGCCCUGUCCAUUAAUAGCUUGGGCUCUCGAGACGAGUCGAGUCGAGCUUCUGUGCUGAUCAUUCCUGAUGAGAUUUGGUUGCUGAUCCUUGAUCCAUGAAGUGGCCCCUCGCUUUGAGCCAGUCCAAUUCAUCAAUGUCCUGUUGUUGAACUCGGUGGGCGAAUAAAUCCAUAUCUCAUGGAUCUGUCUGUCUCUGGUGGGGGGUGGGUGUCACUCACUUAAACGGAACAUGACCUCCAUACCUUGCUUCACCUUCACCUACACCACCUACCCAUACAUACAUCAUUCUCGCAUUUCCUCUUCCAUUCUUGUUUUGGUUCCUUGUCUCUUCUCUUCCUAUAAAUUCUUUCCUGACCUAGGGGAGUGUCUCGCAUAUUCGUCGAUCUAAUAAUAGACCAUCAUAAACCUUCCAUCUUCCCUUUCCACCCCCACGACUCGAAACUCUUCCAACAGCAUACGACGUACAUAUCAGCGGCGCACAACGAUCCGGAUUUACUCUGCUUAGCUCGAAUCUCCUGCGACCGGCGAAAUAUUGACACUUUUCUCUACUUCCCCCACUUUGCGAUUGCGACACUGGAGCGCCAGCUAUAGGAGCGCAUCGAGUCGAAGCGCUCACAUUCGGUCUUUGUUUAUGCGGACAUUCGAUGCCUUUUUCCCUCGAAACUAAGCUCAUGAUUGCUCUCCCGAUUCACAGCUGCUAAGAUCAACUAUGUGGCGACGCACAUAUCUCACGCUCGUCCUCAUAAGGCUGUGGUUUGCGCUAUCACCCAGUUAUUUACACCCGGACGAGAACUUCCAAGGGCCCGAGGUCAUAGCUGGUAUGUUCUUCUGCGCCAGCUCCCAGUUGCUCUCUUGUUGAAAUGCCUGCAUGUCCAGAUGAUGCACUUUGAUGCCCUCUCUGUUCAUGCAGACUGCCACUACGAGUCCAGCUGCUAAUUCGCGCCAGGCCAAAUUUUUAGUUAUCCCGUUCGACACACUUGGGAAUUUACAAGCGAGAACCCUAUCCGUAGUGUUUUCCCACUAUGGCCCGUCUAUGGUCUUCCUAUGCUCCUCUUGCGGUGGCUAUGGAUCGGUAACGGCAAAGACGGAGAGAUCCCACCUAUUGCGGUUUUCUGGACUCUGCGCGUUCUCAUGUUUGUCAUCAGCUUUGUUCUUGAAGAUUGGGCGUUGCAUGAGUUGAUCCCGUCACCGAAGCAUCGCCGUGUUGCCGUUCUCCUUGUCGCCUCGUCCUACGUGACCUGGACCUAUCAGACGCACACGUUCUCCAACUCGGUAGAGACGCUCGUUGUUGCGUGGAGUCUCGUUCUGAUCCAGCGAGUCGCUGAUCCACGGCAGCGGUCAUGUGUUUUAUCUGCCACAGUGCUUGGAAUAGUUGGAGUAUUCGGUGUAUUCAAUCGAAUCACGUUUCCAGCAUUUCUUGUUGUUCCUGGGCUUCGACUGCUCCCUGUGUUCUGGAAGAGGCCUACGUCUCUCGUAUACUUGACGUUAGCUGCGGCACUGACAACUGUCAUUGCCAUCGGUCUGGACACCGCGUUUUACCUGCCAGGUCCCAUCACAUGGACCGACCUGAUCCAUAAACCUGUAAUCACUCCUCUGAACAACUUCAAGUAUAACUCAGCAACCGAGAACCUGGCGCAGCAUGGCCUUCAUCCUUGGUACCAGCAUUUGGUGGGGAAUUUGCCGUUGCUGCUGGGCCCAGCUGCAGCUUUGUUGAUAAUCAGACCCAAACUGUCAAUCCGACUCUGGUCGGCAGUGUCUGGUUUGGUGGUACUAUCGGCGUUUCAACAUCAGGAGGCGAGAUUCUUGCUCCCUACGGUACCACUAUUUCUUUCGUCAAUUCGCAUGCCCCGAAACCAAACAAUACUCUACGGCUUUACGGCAGUUUGGAUCGGGUUUAACCUCGUCCUCGGCUCGUUGAUGGGUAUCUACCAUCAGGGAGGUGUGGUGCCGGGACAGGUCUUCCUGAGUCAGCAACCAGAUGCCACCCAAGCUAUCUGGUGGAAGACAUAUACACCGCCAAUCUGGCUUCUUAAUGGCAAGAAUGAGUUCCUGACCACGCGAGACGUUAUGGGUCUCAAGGGUGAGGUGCUACUUGAGCAACUCUACGGACUCGCCACAUGCGACACUCCCGCCGACAGACGAAACCAGGAGUAUCUGAAGGAGAAGAACGGUACAUAUCUGAUCGCCCCGGCAUCAGCGACAUGGUUAGAUCCCUACCUGUCCAACAAGGGCUUAGAGGGGCUACGAUUUAGAGAGGUAUGGCGUUACAGGAAACACCUGAACCUGGAUGAUCUGGAUUUUGGCGACGACGGCGUUUGGGACACCCUGGCCAGGGUUAUUGGGCGACGGGGCCUCGUCGCCUGGAGAGUAACAAAAAGCUGCCCAAAUUAGAGAAAAAAAAAGGGGGGGCAUGACUGCUUUGUCGAAUUUUCUUUGUCGCUUAUGAAAUAGAAAUCAUUAAUGACGUUCCAAUUUUCUCGGCUUUAUGGGAUAAGGUCAUUAAACGUUCGGUUUCCAUGAUUCCACCUGUGGUAAUUGUAAUCAUCUUUCAUUCGAAAAGCUGAUUCCUUCCCCCCCACC